AUGUCCACCACCACUCCCCCAUCCCUCAUAUCUCUAAUAGACACCACAACCAUCCUCUCCCUCCUCCUCGUCCUCGUCCUGCUACUCGCAGCUUAUGCUCUCUCUUUGCGCACUCUGCGCACCUCCACCCCGACUUCCUGGCGCAUCCUCUUCAUCUGGCACAUCUUCGACGCCCUCAUCCACCUCAUCUUCGAAGGAUCCUUCCUCUACAACUGCCUCUUCACCUCAAUCCCCUUCAACCCUGCCACGCACCACCCCGCCCUUAUCACCAAUUUCCUCGGCCGUCCCGACCGCCUCUACGGGAGUCGGUAUGCCGAUAACUGGGCCAGCAAGCUGUGGAUGGUCUACGCGCAGGCGGACGCCCGGUGGGCGGAGGCCGAUCUGACGGUUGUGAGUCUGGAGAUACUUACGGUGGGCAUUGGGGCGCCGUUGGCGGCGUGGGUGGCUUAUAUGAUUGCGAGGGGGGAUUGGAGGGUUAGUUUUUGGAUGACGGUGCUUGCUACGGGGGAGUUGUAUGGUGGCUUCAUGACCUUCGCGCCCGAGUGGCUAACCGCGAAUAAAAAUCUCGACGGUAGCAAUCCCUUGUUUCUCUGGGUGUUCUUGGUUUUCUUUAAUAUGCUGUGGGUGGUUAUCCCGCUUUAUGCGUUGUGGGUUGCAUAUGGGGAUAUUAAGAAUGCGUUUUUGGUUCGGGAUGGGGUUGUUGUUGCGUCGGUUAGGAGGGCGGAGGAGAGGAGGGGGAAGAAGAGUGAUUGA